AUGUCUACAGCUCCCGAUCCCAAGAUUCAAGACCUGCUCAACAAGCCGAAGAGCGAGCUCACGGAAUAUGAGGUUGCUCUCGUCGAGGAGCAUGAGUUGACCGCUGGCCCGCUGUCCCUCUUGCAGACCGCCACCCGUACGCACACCCAGGUCCUGAUCUCCUGCCGAAACAACCGCAAGCUCUUGGCCCGUGUCAAGGCUUUUGACCGACACUGCAACAUGGUUCUGGAGAACGUGAAAGAGAUGUGGACUGAGAAGCCCAAGGGCGGCAAGGGCAAGGGUGUGAACAAGGACCGUUUCAUUUCCAAGAUGUUCCUCCGCGGCGACUCUGUCAUCCUCGUCCUGCUCAGCUGA